AUGGGCAAAGGAACCGAUAAGCUAUACAUCACUCAUAGCGAGUGGAACUCGAGCGAUGCCUACUCGGCUUCCGCUGGCUCCAACGUACGAGCAGACCGCAGCGACCACGCUGCAUUUAAGCGAUUACCAUUCAACUAUUGCUCUUUGAGCUUACAGCCCUUCGAGACCCCCGUCUGUACGGCCGAGGGCCUCACAUUCGAUCACGAGAAUAUAAUACGAUGGCUCAUGAAGCACGAUACCAACCCUGUGACUGGUGGGCCACUCAAGCAGUCAGACCUCAUAAAGCUGAACUUUGCGAAGAAUGACAGCGGAGAAUGGGUCGAUCCUGUCACCUACAAGGUCUUGACGGACAAUACACAUAUCGUUGCAAUCCGCCAUAGCGGGUCGGCGAACGUGUUUGCGUGGGAGACUGUCGAGAGGUUGAACAUAAAAGCCAAGAUGUGGCGGGAUCUUGUCUCGGACGAAGAGUUCAAACGAUCGGAUAUUAUCACACUUGCCGAUCCUCAGAGUCCCGAAUCUCGAAACCUCAGCGACUUCAAGUACUUGAAGGAGGGAGAAGAUACCGGCAUACCCAAAGAUGAGGCUAGCAUCAACACCUCGGCCAUGGGUAACGCCGCAAAUCUGAAGAUCAUGAAGGCAAAAGAGGCAGCAGCUAAAGCGCGAGCAGAGCGGGCGAACGGCGUGGUCCAGAAGGCCGACGGCAAGACUGCAUCUAAAGUCGCACCAGCGGUCCAGAAACCCGCCAGCGCACCAUAUAACGCGAAGCAUCACACUACCGGCCAGGCAGCUGCAUCAUUUACUUCUACUGGGAUGACAGUACAUACCGGCGCACAGCUUGCCCUCAUGUCAGACGAGGAGUACUUGCUCCGGCCGAAGCGCGUCAAGACGUCCGGAUUCGCGUUAAUCCGCACAACCUUGGGCGAGCUGACCAUCGAGCUCCUUCCCGAACACGCGCCGAAAGCAGUGUACAACUUUGUCAAAUUGGCGCAAAGGGGCUACUACAACGGCAUAAUCAUCCACCGCAACAUCAAGAACUUCAUGAUGCAGACUGGCGAUCCCACAGGAACUGGCCGUGGUGGCGCAAGCAUCUGGGGAAAGAACUUUGAGGAUGAAUUCGAGGGCCCACUACGACAUGAUACGAGGGGCGUAAUGAGCAUGGCUAAUAAAGGCAAAGACACAAAUUCCAGCCAGUUCUUCAUCACCUACCGCAAAGUGCCACAUCUGGACCGCAAACAUUCCAUAUUUGGCCGCGUAGCGGAAGGUAUGGAUGUGCUGAAAGCGAUCGAGGACAGUUCGACCGACGAGAAGGAUCGACCGCUGGAACAAAUCAAGAUGUUGGAUGUCAAGGUCCUGGUGGAUCCUUUCGAGGACUUUAUCAAGAAAAAGCAGGAGACAGAUAUCGCCGAGCAGGAGCGGGAGCAGCGGAGGCGGGAGGGCAAGGCCGAAGAUGAGCAGUUGACGUGGACGGGCAAGAGGAUACGGCGGGAUGGCACUCUUGAAGAUACAGGUGGAGGAGUGGGCAAGUAUUUGAAGCAGGGUGUUGCAGGCGGUGUUGUUGCAGCGGAUGAUGACGAUAACGGGGAGCCAGUGAAGAAGAAGUCAAAGGCGAAGGGGGGCUUCGGCAAUUUUGAAAGCUGGUAG